AUGAUGUCUUAAUAAGAAAUGAUACAAUAAUCAAAAACAUGGAAAACUAUUUAUCCAUAAUAUCUUGAUUCUUUGUUUUCUAGAUAAGAAGGAAGAAGAAUAUCUAAAGACUAAGGCGUCCCAAAUAUAAAUAUAAAAGAAAUUGCGGAAGCAUUGUAAAAAAUUAGAGUACCUACUGUUGUAGAAGUUCAUAAAUCAUAUCCAAGAUCAUUUUAAAUAAAAGGCAGAGUUAAAGUAAUGUUAAAAGAUGAAGAUAAGAAAUUAGUUAAUCCCAUUUUUAAAUCAAAAAAACAACUUUAUCUAAGAAUAUGUUAGGAAAUAAAAUAAACAAGUGAAAGAUAAUAAAAUCCGAUUGGAAAACCACAUCCUUCAAGAGCAAUAUUAUAAGAUGAAAGUUAAGAAUAAAAAAAUUAAAA